GGGGGCCAGAGGCGAGAGAAGGAAGAGAGAGAGGAGGAGAAAGACGAAAAGGGGAGCGCUUAAGCAGUGGACACGGGAUGCGAGGGGACGGGUCCAGGCUGGAUGUGGAUCGCCAUCACAGGCAGUAGGUGACUGAGAUGGGCGUUCGUUUAGGCUGCUUGAGCGACUCCUUGUGGUGGCCGCCAGUGCUGCUGCUGCUCUUCAGUGCCGCCCCCCGGUGUUCAGGCCGGCCAUUUGGGAUCCCCACGCCCGCGGUGAACGUGGCGGUGGUAUUCAGUGGCUCCACCUACCAGACAGAGAUCAAAGGGCGGCUAAGUCGGGAGAACUUCAUGGACCUGCCACUGGAAGUGAACCCCAUCACUGUGCUGGUGAACAACACCAACCCACGAGCGCUGCUCACUCGCAUCUGCGACACUCUCUCCACCAACCGCGUCCAUGGCGUGGUGUUUGAGGACAACGUCGGCUCGGAGGCCGUGGCCCAAAUCUUGGACUUCAUUUCCACUCAGACAGGCGUGCCCAUUGUGGGGAUCAGUGGAGGCUCUGCUGUCGUCCUGCCUUACAAGGGAGAGGGCUCCAACUUCCUCCAGCUGGGCUCCUCCAUCGAGCAGCAGAUCAACGGCAUGUUCAAGGUGAUGGAGGAGUACAACUGGGACAGCUUUGUGGUCAUAACGAGCCUCUACCCAGGCUAUGAGGCCUACGUGGAUUACGUCAAGUCCUUUAUUGACACCAGCUACUUCCUGUGGGAGCUUCAGGACGUGCUGACCUUUGACAUGUCCGCCGACAGCAUGAACGACAUCCGAGCAAGACGGCUGCUGCAACAGAUUGACGCCCAGGUCCUCUUGGUCUAUUGCUCCCACGAAGAGGCCCAGUACCUAUUUACCAUGGCGACCGAGGCUGGGCUGGUGGGGCCAGGCUACAUAUGGAUAAUCCCCAGCCUGGCUGUAGGCAACCCAGACAUGCCUCCACCUGACAGUUUCCCUGUGGGGCUCAUCAGCAUAAUCACAGACCGGUGGAGGAUGAGCCUGAGGAAGAGGGUGCGAGAUGGGGUGGCUAUUGUGGUGAAGGGUGUGCAGAGCUUUAGAAAACAGAGGGGCUUCACUCCAGAGGGUCACAACGACUGCCACAACCCGGUCAAAUCAAUAGCUACAAAUGACACCCUGUUCAGACAUAUGCUGAAUGUAACAUGGGAGCACAAUGACUUCUCCUUUAACACUAACGGUUACCUGGUGAAUCCUGCGAUGAACAUCAUCACUCUGGACAGAGAAAGACAGUGGGACAAGGUGGGCACCUACGGGAUGAGCAUCCUGCAGAUGAGAUACCCCGUGUGGCCCCGAUACGGCUCCUACCUUGAGCCCGUGUCAGACUACAGGCACCUGACGGUCGCCACGCUAGAAGAGCGGCCUUUUGUCAUCGUAGAGUCCGUGGACCCAUCGACCGGUACAUGUGUCAGCAACACAGUGCCUUGCCGACGCCAGUCCAACAAGACAGAAGCCAUCGUGGGCCACACUGAACCUUACACCAAGCUGUGCUGCAAAGGAUUUUGCAUCGACAUCCUUAAGAAGUUAUCCCGCAACAUCAAGUUUUCCUAUGACCUCUACCUGGUCACCAACGGUAAACACGGCAAACUGGUCCGCGGAAUUUGGAACGGGAUGAUCGGAGAGGUUUUCUACAAGCGUGCGGACAUGGCCAUCGGCUCACUGACCAUCAACGAAGAACGCUCCGAAAUUAUCGACUUCUCUGUGCCAUUUGUGGAGACGGGCAUCAGCGUGAUGGUGGCUAGGAGUAACGGAACUGUCUCGCCUUCUGCCUUUUUAGAGCCGUACAGCCCAGCGGUUUGGGUGAUGAUGUUCGUCAUGUGUCUCACCGUGGUGGCCAUCACCGUCUUUGUCUUUGAAUACUGCAGUCCUGUGGGAUACAACCGCAGCCUGAUCACCGCUAAAGAUCCCGGCGGUCCCACCUUCACCAUCGGGAAGUCGGUGUGGCUGCUGUGGGGCAUCGUCUUCAACAACUCGGUGCCCAUCGAGAACCCCAAAGGAACCACCAGCAAGAUCAUGGUCCUGGUCUGGGCCUUCUUCGCCGUCAUCUUCCUGGCGUCCUACACCGCCAACCUGGCGGCCUUCAUGAUCCAGGAGCAGUACAUCGACACCGUGUCCGGCCUGAGCGACAAGAAGUUCCAAAAGCCACAAGAGCAGUACCCUCCGUUCCGCUUCGGGACGGUCCCUAACGGCAGCACGGAGCGCAACAUCCGCAGCAACUACCCGGAGAUGCACUCGCACAUGGUCAAGUACAACCAGAAGGGGGUGGAGGACGCCCUCAACAGCCUCAAAACCGGGAAACUGGACGCCUUCAUCUACGACGCCGCCGUGCUGAACUACAUGGCGGGCAAAGACGAGGGCUGCAAGCUGGUGACCAUUGGCAGCGGGAAAGUGUUCGCGACCACCGGCUAUGGCAUCGCCUUGCAGAAGGAUUCGCGCUGGAAACGACCUAUUGACCUUGCCCUGCUUCAGUUCCUGGCAGACGGCGACACCCAGAAGCUGCAGACGGUGUGGCUGACGGGCAUCUGCCGCAACGAGAAGAAGGAGGUGAUGAGCAGCAAGCUGGACAUCGACAACAUGGCGGGCGUCUUCUACAUGCUGCUGGUGGCCAUGGGCCUCAGCCUGCUGGUGUUCGCCUGGGAGCAUCUGCUCUACUGGAAGCUCCGGCACUCAGUGCGCAAGUCGGAUCGCCUCGACUUCCUCCUGGCCAUCAGCAGGGGCAUCUACAGCUGCUUCAACGGCGUGGAGCAGUCCGAUCGUAACGGCAGCAUCCCAAGUCCCGACGUGACCACCAACUACUCCCAGGCCAACAUGCUGAAGAUGCUGAAGACGGCCAAGGACAUGGUGUCCUCCGCCAGGGUGGAGAACUCUCUGGACAGCGCCACCAAGACCUUGGAGACGUGGAGCAGGCGCGGAGCCGACAACGUGCGGGCCGGCCUCCCGCCUCGCAUGGCCGCCGCCGGCGACAUGUCCCACUGCCGCCUGCCCUACAUCUCCAGCAUCAGCGACAACCACUCGCCGUUCCCGCAGAGGAGCCGCACCCCCACCUUCCCCGUGCACUACGGCGACAGCGUCACGCAGCCGCUGCUGGAUAAGCCUCGCGUGGUGACCCGGCCCACGCCGCUCCGCUACACGCUGCCCGCCCGCAACCACCAACACGUCUUGGAGAGGACGCUGCCCAUCUCCAGCCUCAGCACGCCUCACCUCGCCAUGGCCGACGCCGCGCCCCCCGCCACCACCAACCCCCACCACGGCAGCAGGCUGUAUGUGGAGAACCCGAUCCGCCACCCGGCAUCGCCCUUCAUCCCCUACCGAGAAAUACAGGUACCCAACGUCUACCUGGAGCACAAACCCCCCCUCAGGAGGAAGUUGAGCUUCCCCCCUGACUGCGUGAGCCGGAGGAGGCGGAGCCACAGCUACAUGUUUGACCCCGCCGACCCGAGAGCGCGAGCCGACUACGACGAACCUCGGUCCUGCUUGGCCGAGCUGAGGGCCAACCAGCUCCUGAGCAACCACGCCCCGGAGGCUGCCGCCAUGGCGACCGCCGCGGGACAUUACCCCGCCGCCGCCGCCAGCUGCAACUCCUGCAUGAAGUCCUACUUGGAGCCCGAGAUGGACGACGUGCCGCUGCUGGGGAAGGAUAAGCUGAACCGCCGCGCCUCCUUCCUCAAAGCCACGUGGGGCAACGAGCGCAUUCGGCAGGUGGACGAGACCAAGCCGUCCACGUCCUCGUCACCCCGCGCCGACAUGCCCGACCUGUUCCCACGCGUAGUGGUGCCCGACCCCAAGCCCCACAAGUUCUACGGCAGCCUAGGCCACAACCUGUCCUGCUACCCUCUGGCCGCCGAGCCCGCCUACCUGGACCCGGCUCACAUGGGCUCCUACCCCUAUAAGCAGAAACUCAAGUACUCGGACUCCACGCGGCUGCCCUCGUACAGGGAGGCCAUGCUGCAGAACGCCGCCGCCCUGCGCCGAUCCUCGUCCACGGUGGUGCACAGACACUACUCCACCUACCUGAACUCUUACACGGACUUGCCGGUCUACGUGGGCCCGCUGGCCCAGGCGACGCCGCACUUCUACGACGGCCCCAAAGACGUGUGCCACCUGUUCCCGUGCGCCAGCCACUGCCCCGAGCACGCCGCCAUGCUGCCUCGCGUGAGCGACAGGCCCGUGGCCUACCAGAACAGUAUGUUCGGGGCGGACAGGGAGGACCCCGGCUCGGCGAGCAGGGAGCGCAGGCAGGUUCUGGUGGCGCGCAGGGUGAACAGUCCGUUUGUGCCAAAGCCCUGGGGGAGGGUCUCCAGCCUGGAGUCGGAGGUGUAAGCCCCGCCUCCUUUGGGGUCACGCGAACACCAUCAGUGUAUUUGAGAGGUCGCUCUCCUCAGUGCAAUAAAACGCUGACACGGACUAAAAUGAACAUGACGUUAGAAAGCAUUUAACCUUUUUAAAUGAGAUCAUAAAUAUAUAAACAUAAAUAUUUAUCAUAGCCUCGCAGUCUUA